CUUGGACCCAUCGCAUCGCAUCGUCUCACAUUACAUCGCAUCGCAUCUGAUCGUCCAGCCCAGUAUGGCAGACUCAAGCAAAGGUUCCACGGCCGCAGGACCCACUCAGCAACAGCAACAACAGCAGCAGCAGCAGACGAGCGCCCAGCAGGUCACCAGUAAGGAUCUUCCCUCCUUGGGAGCAUUGGAUGAGGAUGACGAGUUUGAGGAGUUUGAGGUCCAAGACUGGGACGACGCCCACACCCUCUCCUCCGCAGCCAGCAAGUCCAGCAGUACCAGUAACUCUACAAAUGCUCUAACAAUGGCUGGUGGUGGCUCAGGCGGUUUUGGAAGUGGAGUUGAUGGGAAAGAUCAAAAGAAUGCUGGAACGGGGGAUCAUCUUUGGGAGGAUAAUUGGGAUGAUGAUGAUAGGGAGGAUGAGUGGAGUACGAGCUUGAAGGAGCAUUUGGCUAGUUGAGAGGGAGGCACGAAGUCAGAGGUGUAGAGCAUGAGGACCUUAAUUGGUGAGGCUGAUAGAUCACAACACAUCUCAAUAGCGCUUUCAAAAUUCUAUACGAUUACAAUGACAAAACAAACCACGGACCACCGUCAAACAGUUUCCUCGAUCUCGUCUGCAGGUCAGAACCCCUUGUCCCUCCUACCACUCUUCACAGCGCUCCUCUGCGACUUGACCUUCUUCAGCUUGCCCUUCUCCCGAGCAAUUAACCGCUGCACCUUCUCUUUCUGGAGCAGAGGGGUAGGGUUGAUCAGAUCGGCCGUUGCGUGCUGGUG